AUGGCAAUACUAAGGGACGUUCCAGGUAUCCAAGUUACUGUGCAGGUCGCUGGUAAUGAUGCGAUUGAGUACGAGGAUCCCGACGCGUCGGAAGGAGGGGAAACCAGAGACGCGACUUGUCCUACUUCAAUAAAGUAUAUUGAAUGCGUUGAUGAAGCCGAAUUCGCCAUCAAGCUAAGAGUUGAUGAUACCUACCAGUGGGGGCAUAAAAAUAAUGCUCUAAUGACGCAUCUUCGACUUGACGGCAAAUCUGUUUCGGGCAUUAUCGUAUCGCAAACGGCAAGAGUCAACGGCACUGCGAUAGGGAUUAACAAAGGAGAGUACGCAUACUGCACCCAAACGGACAGAUGGCUUUUUCGUAAAUUCAAGUUCUCUGCUGUUGACGUCGUUGACGAUUCGAACAAGAGCCGAGUCGAGAAAGAUGUCAAAAUAGCCAGGCAUCUCGGGUUAAUUCAAGUUAAGGUCUUUCGGUGCAUUCCUCUGGGCACUUAUAGGAAGCCGACUCCAAGGUCUGAUUUUCAGCAAAGUGACAAGUUGGAGCUUGCGGAAAAAUCGCUUAAGGGCAAAGCUAUUUCACAUGGAACCUCGUUUUCAUCAGGACAGCAUACACGUACUCCCAACAACCGUAGAGUAGCAUAUAUCGACGGGUACGAUAAGCCCAUCGCGAUGUUUCAGUUCCAUUAUAGAUCUAGAGAGGCUCUAAAACGAGAGAUGGUCAUUCCUCGGUCUCCAUCGCCAGCCCCGGAGCCGAAAUGCGAAAUCGCUCAAAUGUCGCGCGCAGAACUGGAGCGGUUAGCCAGAGAGAGACUCGACCAGCUACAGAACGAUCAAAGCAUUAAAGAGGAGCGUAAGCCUAUGGUCAAGAACGAAGUCGGUGGGACCAUUGACUUGACCGAAGAGAUCAAGCGGCCUAUAAAGUCCUCCCGACGGGUGCGCGUUGCACCGAAUGAAGUGAUUGAUCUUACGGACGAUUAAAAUAAUGAUCCAGACCGAUACGGUACCUAGAGGUGCCUGCAUUAUCCGAAUCUUGGGGUCGCAUCGAAAUUUGCAAGAUUAGUCCAUGCUGAAGUCUAUUAACGUCUCAAAUAUUCAUACGUGACACUUUAUUGACCAGACAAUCCGAGCACUAUUCGACUUGGCAUUUCGUUCUUUUGUUGGUAAGGUUAUGGUAUGUAACCGCCGUUUAUUGUACUUAAGAUAUUAAUAACAAAUGUAUUCCCAUG